AUAGAAUUUUGUGCUGCUGCGGUGGUCGCCGUUAGCUCGUUUACUGUUUGUGUGCGUUCUGUACGAAAAGUGUUCUGUGAUCUGGUGUUCAAGAUCGAGUGAACUCUGCGUGUGGCAGAGAUGUUCGACGAUGUGGAGUAUGUCUGUCCGGAGCACUUCGUCAUUCACUGCAUGUUGACACGGGGACGGUCGGAGAACACCCGACGUCCGGGUCAUCAGCAAACAUGGUGUCAGCGUGUCUACAAUCGCCAACUGGGUCUUCGGUCCCGGGAACCGAUGGGCGCGGGAAUUCGGCGUAUAUAUUCCCACAUGGGGAACACAGAUUCCCCUUUCCCCAGUGAUUCGACGAAUACGGCUCACGGGGGAAUUUUCAACCUCUCGUUCUCCGACGAUGGUAGAACUCUGGUAGCAGCCACCGAACGGAGGCGGAUUCUAGUCUUGGACCCCCUGUCGCACAAACUCGUGCAUAGCGUGACCGAUGCUCAUCAGGACUGUGUAAAUUACGUGCGAUUCCUCGAUAGUAGGGUGAUCGCUUCCUGUUCAGACGAUAUGACGAUCAAACUGUGGGACGUCCGUUCUCUUCGGAUGCACGUGAACUUGCUUCAGGGUCACGAGGGCUGGGUGAAGAAUAUCGAGUAUUCUAAGAAAGAUAACUUACUCAUAACAUCGGGAUUUGACGGGAAUAUACAAAAAUGGGACAUAAAUAAUUUGGGACAGCAGUACGACGUGCAAUCGAAUCGUAUCAUGCACCAUACCGGAUUGAUGAGGAUGCGUCUGGUUCCCGACGAGAGCAAAAUGAUCCUCUGCACAACUCAUGGUUAUCUGAUAGUUGUUCAUGAUCUAGAUCUCAAUACGUUCAAAGAUGACUUGAGCAAAUUCCAACCGGACGGAAUCAGACUUCUGCAGCGCAAUCAAAUAGGAUACGGAACGUCGAUAGAAGACUGCGAAAGGAUUCUGACGGCAACUAGAAAUCGAAUAGAGUUCAUCACAGAUUUUCCUCUCGGCGAUAAGGCCGAGGUUAUCUCCUCCCUUCAAGUCCAUCCGAAAGGAUGGUGCGUUCUCAGCCGGAAUACCUCGAUGGAAGAGAUGGGAGAGUGGACAUGCGUGCACGACAUCCAGGGUUUGGACAGAUCGGAAGCUCCGGAAGCCGAGAAGUCGAGCUCUCGCAAGAGGAGCCGACACUCUGCGCACAGAUCCGAACCGGAUCGACGACGACCCAGAAUUGAACUAUUCGGCAUUUACCAAAGGAAUCCCGACCGACUCGAUGAGGCUGAAGACUAUGACGUUCGGGGAUUACGGUUCCGGAUCGACAACUACAGGAGCCAACAGCCACAAGUUAGCAUAAUCGAAUCCGUCGGGGAGCAGAGCGACUUGGAAGACGAUUCAUCGGAGGAGGCGAACGACGAACGAUCACCAUCGCGGGGCGUCCGGAUAUUCGAAAUUUCUACUCGUGAUCUCGUUGAUCCCCGCGUGGAGGUCCGACGACCCCGAGUUCACGAGAUACCCUUGUACAUCACUGCGAACAACCGGGGUCAACCCAGCGACCCCCGAGUCGUCUUCAUCAACCGGAGCUCGAUGCACUCAGGAGCCCAUGGACGACCGUUCCAAGAAGAGUCUCUAGCCGCGAAAUACAAUAAGCCCAGACUCCUGUACUACUUAGACGAACCGAACGUGGGCCGAGGUUUCAUCAAAGAACUCUGCUUCAGUCCUGACGGGAGGAUUAUCUGCAGUCCGUACUAUUCGGGAUACCGACUGUUCGCUUUCGACGAUAGCUGUUCAGAGCUUGCUGAUCGAGUUCCCCGAACGCCCCGUAAGCUCACUCCGAUCUCAAGCUUGCAAUGCACUGGUAGUUUUGUCGUAAGCUCAAAAUUCUCGCCCACCCAGCACCUCCUCGUGACAGGAUGUCUGAGCGGUAUGAUCAACUUUUUCGAGCCCAAGUUUUAA